UAUAGCCGAAGCGUUCGGAGGGAGACACCGUGCGAGCGUAUCCCUACGUUCCCCCUUCGUGUUUCAGUCGAGUUCUGUGGUAUACCCGCGCCGCUCGACUAAUCAGUUCAGUUCGAACGAGCGAGUAGCGAGGACCGGUCUUCUUUUCACCUUGCCGAACGAUUAAAGUGCUGUUUAUUUUGAUCGCGGACUCAAAGUGAAGACACGUCUGGAUUCCGGACUUAUGUGUGAGAUAACAGUGCAGUGACGUCGUCGCACAGGAAUUGUCUCGCAAGGGAGAGAGAGAGAGAGAGAGAGAGAGAGAGAGAGAGAGAAAGAGAAAAAGUUCGAUUCAGUGAUCAGGGCGGACGUUUCUCUCGGUUGCCGCAGCUAUUUGGAUUAACGUUGUAUAACCGAGUGCAUUCGCGGUACGUUGUAGUAUUUGCGAGGAGUGGAUAUCAGACAGUUCAAGAUGCUUCUCGAGCAGGUGCCGUAUAGCUUCGUGAAGGACAAUAGUUACAGUCAUUGCCCGCUCAAAAAGCGGCCGGUGCACUUCUUAACAUACAAGGAGGAGUCAACAGCGAUCGAAGAAGAGAUGGUCGAAGUCGUGGACGAUAUCCCCGAGCCCGAGAACCUCAGUACAAAGCCCGAGGAUCUCAGCAAAACGGCGGACCGUCAUUACCAACACUAUCACAAACCGCAACAAGAAGCACAGCAGCAACAAUCACCACAAGAACAGCAACCACUGCCACCGCUACCACCACCGUUAACACCACCACGACAAGAACCAGAACAACGCGCGUCAAGAACACCGUUUCCGAUCGUCGUCAAGCCGUCGUCGUCUCCACCUCCAACGACACAGCCGCCUUCGCCAAUCAACUCGAUAUGCCACGUGCAGCACCCACCGCAGAGCUACCACCAAGGCUAUCAUCACCCCUAUCCGAUCAAAACUGUCUCUCCGACGCCGCCACCGGGGAUCGCGCCCAUCCACCCGAAGAAGGGCCGCAUCGAGGUGAUCCAACACAACUCGUCAACGACUCCGACGGCGGGCGUGACGGCGACGUCUGUGCCGCUGCACUUCAUAGCGACCAAGGGGCCCAUGGAGCCGUUGAAUCUGAACACCCCGGUGGAGUCGUUGGCCCAUUACCCUACAGUCUGGGUGCGAGGAGCUCCGCUCUACCCGCCGCAUUAUCACCUGCCGUACUCGCCCUCCACCUACCGCUAUCACCAUCCCGGAACGGAAUUGUAUCCGUCGUACUCUGUCCCGCCGUACCCGCACUCUCCCCCGGAAUCUCACCCAUCGGUCUCACCACCACCUCAUAGUGCGUUAACCUGCUCGACGAUCCAACGACCCAUCGCCAGGAGCUACCCUCAUUGGACCAGCCUGGACCAUUGCGGCCUGUCGCCCACGAGUUCCGUGGGUUCCGGGUCUCUGCGGUCACCUCCGCCCAUCACGCCGGAAGAUCUCUCGUCACCUGGCAGCGACAGUGGCAGGUCGUCCGCGGGCAGCACCACCGCCGGCUCCACGAUCGUGAACAUGAAGAUCGUGGACAUGAAGAUCGAGAAGAGCGAGUCGAACGACACGGCGAACAUGUCGUCGAACUCGACGUCGCCGAGGUAUCAGUGCCCGGACUGCGGCAAGUCGUACUCCACGUUCUCCGGCUUGACUAAACAUCGACAGUUUCAUUGCGCGGCUGCUCAAGGCCAGCCGAAGAAGUCCUUCUCGUGCAAGUCCUGCAACAAGGUGUACGUCAGCCUGGGGGCGCUGAAGAUGCACAUCAGGACGCACACGUUGCCGUGCAAGUGUACACUCUGCGGCAAGGCGUUCUCCAGGCCGUGGCUACUCCAGGGUCACAUCCGUACGCACACCGGCGAGAAGCCGUUCAGCUGUCAGCAUUGCAACCGCGCGUUUGCCGACAGGAGUAAUCUCAGGGCCCAUCUGCAGACUCAUAGCGACGUGAAGAAGUACUCCUGCGACUCGUGCAGCAAGACCUUCAGCAGGAUGUCGCUGUUGACGAAGCACCAGGAGGGCGGCUGCCCCGGCGUGCCGGUGCCGAUCGGGUACGCCUGUUGAAGUUUCGCAUUAGUGUGAUCCGCGGACGAACGUCCUACAUUUGCUUGUUUCCAUUCCGCGUUCUCAAAGUGCCUUAGAGUAUGCAGUACAAACGAUGAGACAGUGAAGUCCGGUUUCCUGGAUGAGAAUCGCGGCUUGUCGUCCUCCAUUAAUCCUUUCGUGCGGAAGUGAGUUCCAAGUAGAACUUUUUAUUUAUAUAAUUUUCCCAAAAUUUUUAAUCUCCGCUUAUUUUUCUUUCUUUUUUAUAUACGGGAAGAUUUCUCAUUGCGUAUUAAUCCUGAAAUCGGGCUGUCAAACAGGUGGUUCGUGGAAUCGCGCGAUUUCGAUGGCGCCGUUUGUUCAUUAUCUAUUCGCUGUAAAUACCGGCGUAUGAGUGUGCGACGUAUGGAUGCACUUACGUUAGGUGUAUUUUAUUUCCUUUUCCUUUUGAGAGAGAUUGAUCAUCGACAUCGCGCUCAGAUUACGCGGAGAGUAUCGGGAAUAGAGUUACCGCUUGCGCAGCGGUCCCGUGAAACUGUUGUGCCAUUAACUGUUUCCUUUUUCUUUUCCAUUUGUUCCAAUGCACGCGAGCACAUAAAACGCGAUCGAGAGACCCAGUGAUAGACGAUUUGCACGUAUCCUUUUGUUUUUUCUAGAUUUUUAUUCCGUUCUUUUUACGUUUUUCCUUUUUAUGACGUGAUUAGCGUGUUCUGGCACUGUAAGAGUUGAGCUAAGUUUAAAUUAUUUUCGAAAGCGAGAAAAAAAAUAUAUUUUGUACGUGAAUAGCCGUGAUGAAUUCAGGCUAUUUGGAUAGAUAGAUCGCACAAAAAAAGUGUCACACUACAAAGAGAUUCUAGCGCACAGAUAGACUCGGCGCGUCAUACUUUUAGUACACGUUAAGCGAUACAUCUCGAAAAAAGGAAGAGAGGAAUAGGCUGUUACAUUUUUCUGCCCUACUCGUUACUUCGACAAUAAAUGAAUCUGGCGUGCAGAUAAGGAACAAAAGUGAUAGGUUAUUUCCUCUUUCUUUCAGAACAGCUGUAUGACUCAUUUUAAUUUCUUUACUUCCGGCAUGGGUGUUCGUUCAAAACAAAAAAAAAAGAAAAAUCUUUUGAUCGAAGUCGUUUUUUUAUGUACAAUGAGAUUCAUUUUUUUUUAUGUACAAUGAUGUUUCGUAUAAGUGAUAAAGAGCACGCAACAAAGGCACACUUCCUCCAUGAGAAAGGAUCGUAAGGUGACGAUCCUCAAAUCCCCGAGGCGACUUCAUAUAGAACAAAGUCAUAUAUGCCCGCGAGACGUCCCACUCGAAACGGUGCAACCUGCGUAUCCGACGUCGUGUUUAUCUGUACGUGUUUAUGGACGAAGUACGCUGUACCGAAGUGCCAUUCGCGAAGGCGCCACGUGCGCGCCGCGCUGCGUGAAAUUACGUGCACACGCUCGCACGCGUUAACACGCGAACUUAUACAUAGUGUAACGCUUGGCGAUUAGCAGAUAAGUCACGCACAAUACAAGUAUUAUAAUUCGCCUCCGUCGGGUGGCAGAAGCUGAACGGUAGGACGCUAGAACGGGCGGAUGAAAAAGCGUUUGAGACGCGAAUAGAAGGAGGGAUGGAUGUCGGCCUGUUCCGCAUUAUCGUUCUCUAUACUUUGCGCGUUCUGUAUGUUUACUUGUAAGUUACUCGAACAAACUAGUCAUUGUACAAUACCGCGCGCGGCGGUUACGAAAGACUUGCCACGGUCACUACUAUGCGCAGCGACCCGCCGCCCGAAAAAGAUGUACAGACCUAGCCGGG